AAAACAACGAAACCGACCUCCCUCUAAUUUCCACCCCAAAUCCGUCGUGAUAUCAGCAAUACCUACCGCUAUCUCACUUGAAUUCCAUUCGACGUGAUAGCAGUUAACUCUGGGUGACGAUUUGAGUUUGGAGAAUACGAUCAACGAUAGUCGAUAGUAAUUCAGAAUUUAUUUUCCUUUUUCUGUAUGUAUCUUGCAGAUGUAAUUUUAGUGAAGUGGCGUUGAUCCGCUGUUGCAUAUCUCAAAAUUUGGCGAGAAAAUGGCCCCGAGAUGGAAAGGGGAAACAGCUGAAGCAAAAGAGCCAAUGUCUGUUAUAGUCUCAAAGCUUCAAACCUCUCUGAUCGAAUCUAAUGCUCAAGGACUGCUUUCAGGGUGUGCGGUGCUUCUGGAAGCUCUCCCAGAACAAACUGAACUACUAUACCGUGCUUGUAUUGGUCGUCCUCUUAUAACCGCAGAGAAGGAUAAGAAGCAGUGGCACCAACUAAGUUUCGAAGAAGCUCUGUACUUAUGCUGUGUCUUGAAAUGCAUCAAGAUUGCUGGUGAAAAUAAGUGUGCGAAAAGCAACGAUGAGCUGUGGCAUUACAUGAUGGUCAAGAGAGUCGGUUUCCCUGUUAUGUUUAAAGCGUAUUCUCAUCUUCGCCGGAAGAACUGGGUGGUGAGAGCAGGGUCUCAAUACGGUGUCGACUAUGUUGCCUACCGUUACCAUCCGGCCUUUGUGCACUCUGAAUACGCAGUCCUUGCCUUGCCUGAUGAUGAGGAUGGUGGUAGUGAAAAUUCCCGGUUGAAGGUGUGGUCCGAUUUUCACUGCACACUUCGACUUUGUGGCAGUGUUGCAAAAACCUUGUUGGUUCUUCACAUCAGCAGAAACGGUGAAGACGAUGUUGUCUCUCUUUCGAGUUUGGAGCAUUAUUCUGUGGAGGAGAGGGUUGUGACAAGGUGGAAUCCUGAGGUAAGUCGUGACGCUAAAUGAUGAGUAUGAUGUAAAUUAUCCAUUUCAAGCAUAUUGUAUAUAGAUAAAUUGUGCGACGAUGUGAUUGUUUACAUUAGCCCUCCAGCUCUUCCAAUUACGGUUAGACAUUUUUCGAAACGAAGGUUUUGUUCUUUUAAAGAAAUAAAGGAGUCUCAUUUCUUGGUGGCA